AUGACACGAUCGGUGUACCAUUGGUUUGCAUUGGCUUCAGUUUUCCUAUUGCUGCUGCUUCAACAGACGGUUGGUGAACUGCAACGAAAUGCAGGAGCGAAACCGAUCGUUGACACAGUACGGGGUGGAUCUUCAACGUCCCAAUCGGUUUCACCGGCCGGUGAUCGCACGUCCCGGGUACGGGCACAAUUGGCCGGUGGGUUCAUCGACGAUGCAGCGGUGCAUCAAAACGGAGCCGCUCAACGGCACGCUUACAACCACGUCACCGGUCAGCAGCGGACGAACGGUGCCGGAAGUGGACGGAAGAUGGCCGUCCAUGGUACGAGCGGACCGAUACACACUUACAUAAAGACGGACAAAAAUGCCAACUUUAAGUGGGGUGUACGGCACUUUGUGGGGGCAAAGUAUGCUCGCUGA